GCUGCUUAAUAGCACAUGUGUAAAAUUUUAAGACUCCAAAAAAUAAUGUUGGUUAUGUGUCGUUGACAAAUUAACUAACAUUACAUUUGUUUCAAUAAGUUUUUGUGUUUAAUUAAUAAAAAAAGUAAUAAAACAACAACAAAAUGCCGAAAAAAACGAAAACUGGAAAACAGAGGAAAGAUAAAUUUUAUCAAUUGGCUAAAGAAUCUGGUUACAGAGCACGUUCAGCUUUUAAAUUAAUUCAAUUAAAUCGUAGAUUUGAAUUUCUUCAAAAAUCACGAGUAUGUGUGGAUUUGUGUGCAGCACCUGGUGGAUGGAUGCAGGUUGCAAGACAAAAUAUGCCUGUAUCAUCAAUUGUUAUUGGUGUUGAUUUAUUUCCAAUAAAACCAAUUCCUGGAUGUAUUAGUUUAGUUGAAGAUAUUACAACAGAUAAAUGUAGAAUUGCAAUAACAAAAGAAUUACAAACAUGGAAAGCAGAUGUUGUGUUAAAUGAUGGUGCACCAAAUGUUGGUAAAAAUUGGAUUCAUGAUGCUUAUCAACAAACUGUAUUGUCAUUGGCUGCUUUUAAACUUGCAACACAAUUUUUACGUCCUGGUGGAUGGUUUGUAACUAAAGUAUUUAGAUCCAAAGAUUACCAAGCUUUUCAGUGGGUACUCAAACAACUUUUUAAAAAGGUUCAUUCAACAAAACCAUCAGCUUCACGUAAUGAAUCAGCUGAAAUAUUUGUCAUUUGUCAAUAUUACAUUGCUCCUGAUAAACUUGAUCCAAAAUUCUUUGAUCCAAAAUAUGUAUUUUCUGAAUUAGAAAUUGAACCAGCUAGAAAAUUAAAUAUACAUCAUCCUGAAAAAAAUAAAAAAGCCAAGGCUGAAGGUUAUCCAGAAAAUGAUUAUACACUUCAUCCAAUAUUAAAAGUAUCUGAAUUUAUUGCAUGUGAAGAGCCAAUUAAAACAUUAUCAACAACAUCAGAAGUGAUAUUUGAUGAUGAUAAAAUUAAAAAUCAUGAAAAAACAACAAAAGAAAUAAUUGAAUGUUGUAGAGAUAUUAAAGUAUUGGGUGGUAAAGAUUUAAGAUUACUUGAAAAAUGGCACAAAGCAUUGCAUACGGAAUUUCAUGGUAAAAGUGAUGUUGCUGAAGAUGAAAAUGAUGAUAAUAUUGAAGAUGAAAAUAAAGGAUUAACUGAAGAAGAAAAAGAAGAUAAAGAAAAUGCUAAAAUUGAAGCUGAAAUUGCUGAAUUAAAAGCAGCAUCAGCUAAAGAAGAAAAACGUAAAAAGAAAAAAGUUAUAAAAGAACGUCAAAAAUUAAAUGAAAGAAUAAAUUUAAAAAUGGUACAUAAAGGUGAUGAAGGACCAAAACUUGAAGAAGAAGAUAUUUUUUCAAUGAAACAAAUUAAAACAUAUGAACAACUUUCAAGUGUUACUGAUCAAAAUCCUGAUAUUGUUGCUCACAGUGAUGAUGAUUCAGAUGAUGAAAGAAAACCAUUACCAAAUAAAACAAAAUAUGAAAAAGAAGAUGGUACAUAUUUAGAUAGUUCAGGACGUUAUUAUAAAUCACAAGAUGAUCCAUCUGAUAAUUCUGAAUCUGAAGAAGAAUCUGAUAGUGAUAAAUCUGGUUUAGGUUUUAGUGAUGAUGAUGAAGAAAAUAAAAAUGAUAAAAAAUCAUCUAAAAAAAGAAAAGUAACAUUUGAUGAUGAAUCUGAAAAUCCUCUUAUAACUGAUCUUGAUGUUAGAGAUAAAAAAACUAAAAAAAUUCAUAAAGCUGAAUUAUGGUAUGAAAAAGAUUCAUUAAAAGACAUAGAAAUGGAUAUUGAUGCUGAUUAUGAGCUUGAAAAAAUGGCUCAUAUAUUUAAACAAAAAGGUGGAUUAAUAAUUGGUGAUAAUGAUAAACCAAAUGAAGUAGAAAAUGCUGAACCUAAACAAACUAAAACUACUAAAAAGAACAAACGUCAAUUCAAUGAUGAUGACAGUGAUUAUGAAUCUGAUUCAGAUUUUGACAUGGAUGACUUGGAAACAUCAAAGAAAAAAAAUAAAAAAAAUACAUCAUCAAAAGAUAAAGAUGGUUUUGAAAUUGUAUCAAAAGAAGAUACAAUAAAACAAAGUAAAAAAAAAAGAAAAUUAAAUGAACAAGAUUUAGCACUUGGUUCACUACUUGUUCAAAGUCAAAAAUCACGUCGUGAUAUAACAGAUGCUGCAUGGAAUAGAUAUGCAUUUAAUGAUGAUGCUGGUUUACCAUCUUGGUUUAUUCAAGAUGAAGAAAAACAUUUUAGAAAAGAAGCACCAGUAUCAAAAGAAGCUGAAGAAGAAUAUAAAAAAAGAGUUGAAGAUUUAAAUGCACGUCCAAUUAAAAAAGUACUAGAAGCUAAAGGUAGACAAAAACGUCGUGCUAUGAAAAAACUUGAAAAAGCAAAGAAAAAAGUUGAAUCAUUGAUGGAUAAUGUUGAUAUUAGUGAUCGUGAAAAAGCUAAACAAGUUAGAGCUGUUUAUAGUAAAGCAACAAAAGAACCUAAAAAAGAAUUAACAUAUGUUGUUGCUAAUAAAAGUGGAGCACAAAAAAGAGUUGCAAGACCAGCUGGUGUACAGGGACGCUACAAAGUUGUUGAUCCAAGAAUGAAAAAAGAUUUACGUGCUGCAAAAGCUAAAGAAAAGACAAAGGGUCGUGGUAAAAAAACAAAAGGUGGUAAAGGUGGAAAACCUGGUAAAGGUAGACCAAUGCCAAAAGAUAAUGUGAAUUUCAAGUGGACAAGCCAACAAGCUGGAUCAACUUCAACUCCAUCAUUGACUGGAAUAAUGAUAAUAUGAAAUUCAAAGAGACAAUUCAACAAAAUCAAUCAACUGCAAGCUCAUCAUCUGCAAUAAUGAUUCAAUGAGACAAAUUCAAUGAGACGUCAAGCUGAUGAAAUUAAUCAACCUUAGUUUUAUCAUCGACUGCAAUAAUGGAAAGAAGACAGCACAAUAUCAGAGGGGUGACCACUGUGGAGAUCACUGGCCGACGACGACGACCACGAUAGAAACCAAAUAAAACCAAAAAGAUUUUAAAAAA